AUAGAAAGAGAUAAAGAGAGAGAGAGAGAGAGCUGCUGAAAGAAAGAGUAGCAAAAGAGGACAGAGAGAGGGAACUACAAAGCCAAAUCAGGUGAGAGAGUAAAAAAGACAGAACAGACAAGAGGAGAACAGAAGGAGUGUUUUCCUGUGAGGCCUAUCUUAAUGUUCUUGUUUUUUAAGCAUUCUCAACAGAUCUAGAGACUAGAUGACCAGGCUUUACACACCGCAGUGUCCUGUCCUGGAACUCUGACAGGAGUGGACACACACUCAUACACACACUCCCUCUCUCGCACACAUACCUGCAUACACAGAGGGUAGACAUUCUCCAUCACUCUCUGCAACCCCCCCUCCCCCUCGAUUGGACCAUGUCCACGUCCUCGUCUGGAUCGACCAACCACAACAAGCGUCAGUCAUUGGAGACAGACAACUCUCAGAUUGUGUUGGACAAUGACUCAGCCCAGCAUCUGAAGCUGAGGGAGAGACAGCGCUUCUUUGAGGAGGUGUAUCAGCACGAUAUGGACAUCCUCCUGUCCUCGGCUCACCUGCACAUUGACAGCAGGAAACCUCCCAUGGGCAGUAUCUCCUCUAUGGAGGUGAACGUGGACAUGCUGGAGCAGAUGGACCUCAUGGACAUCUCUGACCAGGAAGCUCUGGAUGUGUUCCUCAACUCUGGGGCCAACAACAGCCCACUGGCCUCCCCUUUACCAGAGGUAGACGAUGAAGAGGAAGAUGAGGAAGACGAGAGUAAAGAAGUUGUCUACAGGGAGCGUGUGCCAACUUGCGACAUUCGCCGGGGGUCAAAAUCUCGCAUGUCAUCCACCUCUUCCGGUUCCAGUGACACCAGCGGGGGCGGGACCGACACCCAUGUGGUCCAAUCAGAUGAUGAGGAGGUGCACGCAGACACCAUGUUGCUGACCUCCGUGCCUCGAACAAAAGAUGAAGAGGCAGAGGAAGAAGAUGAAGAGAAGUGAGGCCUGUCCGCUCCGUUGUCAUAGAGACACAAGCCAUUUGCUGUUCUGACUGUUGUCAAUGACAACAAGGAGAUGGUAAACAGACUAACUCGGAGAUCCAUACAUAUACAGUACCAUCACUUCCUCUUUACAUGUUACUGACGCCCCUGGAAUUCCUUGUGGGAAACCCCUAGCAUGGACAACCCUUGUUAUUCUUUGGUGUGUUGUUAUGGGUCAACCCACUGGGCACAGACACCAUUUAAACGUCAAAUGUUUAUUUACAUUUGGUUGAAAUGUCAACUAAUGUGAA